GCGGCAAAGCGGAGUGAACAGAUCCGUAUGGACGAUCAGGGGUAUAAGAGUUAGAAUCGGUCGUUAGAAACAGUCUGCACCCAUACCUGGGUCGGUCCGAAAUGUAGUAGUGCGAAUACCGUGAAUUUAGUUUAUAGUCGAGUUUUUUUUUUCUUUUUUUUUCUUCCCACAUGUAACCUAUCAUCCAUGAUCUUUCCGCCUCCUCUAUCGUUCGAAUAAUAAUAAUUAUUAUUAAAAAGAAGAAAAAGGAGAGAACGAACACAUAGAUGAAGAAUGAAUAAAAAUUUUAGAAAUAAAAAACUACUGCAGUAUACCCGUUGAAUAUAUUGUAUUAUAUAUAUCGAUCGCAAUUUGUCUCAAUUGAAAUUUAAUUCUUUCGCUGAUAAUCGUCCGCGCAGCGCGUGCAGCGAUAUUAACAGCUAUAUUUGACACGAACGCACGUAUAUUAUACUGUAAUAUACUUGACACAUCUAUACAGUAGGUAUAGUAGGUAUGUAGCUGAAGGCACGGUUGUGAAAAUAACUCGGAACCAUUUAUAGGAGGAGCAUAAGUUAUUUAUAGUAUAAAACUAGUGUGUAUCUUUGCUGGUAGUGAGAAAGAGAGCUGUUCACCGGCUUAUAAUGCCGGCUCGCUAUAACCGAAAAUCUUGACUUUAUUACAAUAUAUGUAUUGCAUGUACUGAUACGUACAUGUGCAUCCACACCUACGUCAUACGCGCGUUACACAGGCAUGUGCGCGAUUGGAAUAAAAAAAGGAAAGAUUGGUAGUUAAAAUUGAAGGAAAAAAAGUACGUAAAAUGAAGAAAUUUAAUCAUCGUUUAUAAUAAUAAUAAUAAUAAUAAUAAUGACAUCAAUACUUAGCGACGAUUAAUUAUACGAUUAACACUCUACCAAUAUUUACAAUUUUUUUACAACGAUUAAUUAACUAUAAUUCUAUACGGAAACAUCCCUCUGAAAAUGUUUAAGACAUCUGAAAUCUGGCUCCGUGUUUUAAUUUUAUAGUGCGCGGUUAAAACAAUAGUACAUGGUAGGAGCAAUAAAGUAAAGUAAAAAAAGUAUAAAUAAUAUAAUCGAAACGAUUAAACAAGGUUUGAAUUUUGUUGGGAAAUCAUAAGUGAUCGUUCGAGGAGGGAGGGAUGCGGUGGUCAUCGGGUGAACAGAGUGAAAAUGAUCGGUGCAGGUCUGAGGAGCUGCAGCAUGAGGGAAACAACAAAGGUGCAGUCUUCGCGUCUAGAGGUCGAGGAUGGAGUGAACGAGGAUACAGAAUCGGGUGCAGUUUCUGCGGUUCUUAGCGAGGACGGCGGUAUAACGGUAGAGGAAUUUCCCCGAGUCGAAACAGAAAUAGUCAGCAGAGGAGGAGAGUCAAGUGGCGACGUCGAAGUAGAAGCAAGAGGACGACGAGAAGGAGGACGUUCGCAACUGCAGGCCGGAGAAGUUAUAACGACGCUGGAUUUGAGCGUCGUCGGUGAUCGUCGGCCGACGGAUUCCUCGUCGGAUCGUCGUCGUGGGGCGGCCAGAAGGUUUUCGCUGUUUCAUUGGUUCCGGGGUAAGGGAGUCGGCGAAAUAUCCGAGUCGAAUCGUCACUCGUCGUCGUCGUCGUCGUCGUUGUUGGUACCGAGCGGAGGAAACAAAGCGGCGAACGAACGGGCAACGAACCAGCUUCACGUGACGGGUAAAAACGUCGAGACAGCGAGUCCGAACCAAGGUUCCACCGUUGACGUAGCGGCCGCAAAUACCGUCGGCCGAAAUUCAACGACGACGUUACCGCAGUGCAACAGUCUUUACUCGAGUUCCGGUAGCGUCGAUACAAACUGCAGCACUGCGACGGUCCACAGUUUCACAUUCCUGCAUCCCGGUGAUCUCCCGUCAGGUCUGAUCGACGGGGUAAAGUCUCCGUCAAUCCAAAGACGACGGUUCAACCGUUUUCGGGAUUUUCGCAAGCACUCAUCGGCCGAGGAUUUCGGCGGGUCGGAUCGAAUAUGCGCCGGAAGUCCUUCCGACGGUGAAACGGCGGUUGAUUGCCACGGAGAAAAGGAGGAACGGAAACUCCUCGACGAGGAUCGGGAAAACGGAUCGGCCCACAGCAGAACUCCGUAUCAUUACCGCAGCCUACCGACUUCCGGUAAGACCGCCGACCUCGCGGCGAGAAAAACGAACAAGGUUCACGUGCGGGGAAAACGAAGAGCGCCUGAUCCACCGAGUUACGGUUCAGUUGCGGGAGAGACGCGUAAUUCCAACGCGGUUAAUCAAAAAUCUGGGAACACCGGAAGACGGAACAAACGUCGCGCGCCGAAUCCGCCGUCGGAGGCGACGAAGACAUGCGACCAGUCGAAGAGGAGUGACAUUCAGGGCGUCGGAGAACGGCCGCAGGUGAUAAGCAACGACACCCUGAAGCUGGAAGGAGGCUUACUCCUGCCGACGAGGUUCGAUCCCAGCGAGAAAAAAUCCAUCGACAUGAACCACCAGGCCUCGUUGGACAAGAAGACGUCUCCUUUGGCAACGACGCCUCUGCAACAGGUGCAGGCACCGAGGCCAUGGUACAAGAGGAGCAACACAACGCUGAGCGAUCGUGACUGCGGAUCGUUCAGAAGAGAGGUUCUGAAGAUACCAACGUUGUCGAAGAACCGGGGUGGGCUUGAGAAGACGGGUCGUUUCAGCCUCCACCAGGAGGCCCAGAGUUCGAACAGCGAUUCCGGGGACGUUGGUACCUUCGACAAGUCAUUUUCGAGGCUAAACCACUUCUUCGGAAGGACGACGGAACGCAGAGAGCAAAUCGAGUCGUCAAGGGGGCAGAAGAGGGGGGACGAAAAGCGAAGGUCGAACUUAUCCAUACUCACCAACAUCAGCGAGUUGGACAGAGAAGCGGCCGCCAUUGUCCAGGAGGAACAAGCCAGGAAUCAGGCUGUUGUGGCCAGGUCUUCGGGCUUGUUUACGGACGGUUCCUUAACCGACUUUGAUAGACCACCGAGCGGCGAUAUAAUCUCGGAUAUGGUAUCCUCCUCCAUCGAGCCCCAGAGAAAAGGCACUCGUGCUCUGAUUUCGAAGUUCAACGCAAUCAGCAACAUUACCAAGGUCACGGUGAACGCUACAUUCUUUACGAAGUCCUCGAACCAGUCGGGGAAAAUCGAUGUCGUCAGAGGGGAACCGGUACAGAGUAGCAACGUCAACUCCAGGAACAGUGAUAGAAUAGUGACUAAACGACUCCUUUACGACGGUGCCGAGCAGGUGAACGAAACCGGGGUUGAUAUAUCGUCGAUCAACUUUUUCCGCCGACUCGAAGCCGCCGAUGCCGCCCAGACCAGGGACGAUAUUCACCUAGGUUCUCGACGCUCGGCACCCGGCUGGGAGGAAAAGAUAAAACGAUAUUUUCCCGAGAGAACUAGCGCCGAUUUUCAGGGGCACAAGGUUCAGACGAGGAAGUCUACCGCCCUUGGCAACAAUCAGAGGCAAUCGGUUAGAAACGAUCAGGUUAAACGGAGCGAGGAAAAAAUCGUUACCGAAAAAUAUCUUCCUCCGAACAACGUCGCCGAGCAGCACUUGUCGCGUGCCGAUCUCAAGGAGAUGCUGAUCGAGAUGAAACACUCGUUGCCAAAGAGACCGAAGCCGAAAUCUGGGGUAAAAUCGGUACCAGUUUCGAUCGGUAAUGACAAGGUUAACGUCGGUAAGGCUCAGCAGCGAUCGACGACCAUUGAGACGUCGGUAAAACAGGGCGAAGGACAAGGUGUUCGUGGGAUGAAACCGUUGAUGCAGGAUCAGCAAUCGCGGGCGAUUUCGUCGAGCUCGAAUUACGUGAGGUCAUCGACUGCGGUGGGAAAACGCGAUCAACAAGCUUCGAGUGGGCCCGGGAUAAUUCUGGAGAAGACGAAGGUCUCUUCCGGUGUUCAGACAAGUGCGAAUUUGCGAAAUGUUGGAAAUUACACCACGCGGGAAUUGAGUCCGAUGAUUAAUCGUGUCAGGAGUUCACAGAAAUUUGAAUCGCGGAAGAACGAGGACGCGAAUCGAGUAUCAUCGAAUUUACGCAAGAGUCCAGGACGUGGUACUGGCCUCACUCGAACCACUUUCCAGCUUAUAAGGCCCAGGGAUUUUGCCUCCAUCGAGGCACUCAAGACCGAAAAAACGGAGGCAGUAAAAGAAUCGGGACAAAACACUUACAUGAACGUGAUCGAAGACUCGCUUUACGCGAACACGGUCAUUAGUCCGUCGAAAAGUAACUCUAACGAGGCUGCUGGCGAUGGAAAAACCGGAAGCGUCGGUGCAGCUGAGGAGAAAAUAAAUAUCGUUAAAGAUAAUAAACACGAGAACGUUCGGCACUACACUGCAAGCGUUGUUGCGCAGGUCAAGAUACCCGAAGAAUCGACGCAACCGGAAGUAACCUCGACGACGGUCAAGAACGAAGAGGAUGGGGAAAUACCGAUCUCAGAGAGGAAUAUGAAUACCCUGGCGAUAAAUCGACUGUUGAGAAAAUUGGAAGGUGCGAUUGCUUCUGGUCAGCAUCAGCAAGCGGCUGGACUAGCGAAAGAACUUGCUCAGCUUAAAAUUCAUUGCUCGGUAGUUCGACAACGGUCUGAAAAGACCAAGGAAUCGGACGUAAUAAACGUCGAUAUGUAUAUAGAAGACAAAUUGGCUCAUCAGGGACCGAUUCCACUUCAGCUUUCACUAAGCACGACAGUUUCUGAACUUAAGAAAAAGGUGUUCGGGGAAUUUGAAAUACCAGUGAAUGUUCAGCGUUGGAUUAUCGGCAAGAAUUUAGCCGACAACGACGAAUUCACUCUGGAAGCAUUGAAGGCUGUGGACAAGUCUUCUAUUUUUCUAUACCUCGUUGCACCGGAUUUGCAAAAUGACGAUUGCACGCGAGGCGACAAAAUAGUUGCAAAGGAAGAGAUAACGGCGCCUAUUGAAGCGCCUGUUGAAGAACAGCCGCGUGAAAUAGAGCCGAUCAUAGAGGAGGAAGUUGAAAUUACACCUCAGGAACCAACUGUCGAGGAAUUGAAACUGAAGAGAUACGAGCAUUUAAUGUCCCUCGAGAAUACCGACGUUAUACCAAAUUCAGUACCGAUCGAGUGUCCGAUUUGUUUUGCGCCAUACGGACCCUGCGAAGGAGUUAUUUUGAGGGAUUGCCUCCACAUGUUUUGCAGAACAUGCAUUGCGAAUACCAUAAUGUACUGCGAAGAGGCCGAGGUAAAAUGUCCCUUCAGGGACUCGGAAUACACUUGCGAAUCGACUCUUCAGGAGCGCGAGAUAAAAGCGCUGGUAACUUCCGAAGUUUACGAACAACAUUUGGCCAAGUCAGUGUCGCAGGCUGAAAACAACGCGGGAAAUAAUGCUUUUCAUUGUAAAACGCCCGACUGUCCCGGCUGGUGUAUUUACGACGAUAACGUUAAUGUUUUCCAGUGCCCGGUUUGCGGCGUAAACAAUUGCCUGACGUGUCAGGCUAUACACACGAACAAGAAUUGUCGUGAGUAUCAGGACGAGAUAAGGCUUCUCAAAGAAACCGAUCAGGAAACUAAACGAACAGCGGCUGUUCUCGAGGAAAUGGUUGAGAGCGGCGAAGCCCUGGCUUGUCCGACAUGCGCGGUUGUACUUAUGAAGAAGUGGGGAUGCGAUUGGCUUCGUUGCUCCAUGUGCAAGACUGAGAUAUGUUGGGUAACUCGAGGACCGCGUUGGGGUCCCGGGGGAAAAGGAGACACUUCCGGCGGCUGCAAGUGCGGGGAAAACGGAGUAAAGUGUCAUCCGCGUUGCAAUUAUUGCCAUUGAUAAUUGUUCUCAGUUAUUCACAAUCAUUUGAGGAAUAUCUAACAAUUAUUUAUAUUAAAGGUGAUAAAUAUACAGUGGCUUAAUUGCCGAUACCGUAUUAGUUGGCUUUGAUUUCUGCAAUAUAAUUAUAUUUUAUACACUUUCUACCGAUAUUAUAGACAGAACUGUUAUUAUUAUUAUUAUUAUAUACACGUUUGACGGUUCUCGGCGAGGUGAGAUGUUUAAUUAAAGAUUUGUGAUAAAGAGAUAAAUGUGACGUGUUGUACGCUUGGCAAAGUCUUACAUCCGCUGUUACAAAAUCAGUUUUGUCGAGCUCCGUGUAAGCGUUUUGUUUGAAAGUAUACGUAUACUGAUAUCUACGGAAUUUGUAGGUAUACGUGUAUGAAGCUAUUUGGAUAAAAUUGAUAUUGAAGAAUA